AUGAAUCGUCAUGUUCUAUGUCGACGUUUGACUAUUAUUAUAUGUGUUCUUUUCAUGUGUGCGAUCGGUUUAGGUGUUGGUCUUGGAGUAGGUAUUUCACAAAAUAAAAGGACUCUAGAGAAAUCUAAGCCAGACUUGAACGAUCCACCAGUGGCUAGUUUUAAGAAACCAAACUUGUGGAAGCCCGAAAAAGGUGCAACGUGGCAAUAUCAGCUUGCUUCUUCAUUUGAGACACUUGUGUCCGGCGUGGAAGUGUAUGAUAUUGAUCUUUUUGAAAAUUCAGAGAAAACGAUUAGCAAUUUACAGAAACAGGGUAAAAAGGUUAUUUGCUAUUUCUCGGCUGGAAGCUAUGAGGACUGGAGGCCAGAUAAGAAAAAGUUUGCUAAAGAUGAUCUAGGUAAAUCUCUUGAUGGGUGGAAGGGUGAAAGAUGGUUAAAUGUAAAUUCGCAAAACGUCAGAAAGAUAAUGAAAGCCAGAUUGGACCUAGCCGUACAGAAGAAAUGUGAUGGGGUCGAACCAGAUAAUGUCGAUGGUUAUGAUAAUGACAAUGGAAUAAAACUUACAGAAAAUGAUGCCAUUAAUUACAUGAAAUUUUUAGCCUCUGAAGCACACCACAGAAAUUUGUCUAUAGGGUUGAAAAAUGCAGGUAGUAUAGUUAAAGAUGUAGUCAAUCUAGUGGAAUGGUCGGUACAAGAACAAUGUAUUCAAUUUGGUGGAUGUAAGGAAUACCAACCUUUUAUAAAAGCGGAUAAACCUGUUUUCCAUGUCGAGUAUCCAAAAGGUGAAGAUGUCAAUAAUAAUCAUAACAUCACUGCAUCAAAGUUCAACAAGAUAUGCAAUAAUGCAGAUACUCAUGGAUUUUCGACUAUCGUCAAAAACAUGAACUUAGACUACUGGAUUGAAGUCUGUCCGACACCAUGA